AUGCAGAGUGUACCAGGAUUUCAUGACCACAGUAGGGUUGAGGUUAGUGAUUGUUUGUUUUUUACUGUGUGGAAUUUUGGGCAAGAACUCAGUUAACCCUUCAGCCCUUAAGAGUGGCUAGCAUCUAAUUUCUCCUCACAAUAUCACCCCUGAAUCAAACAUGAAAGUCAUGAGAAUAAAGGAGAUGAUCACCAACCAAAGCAGCUCUUGAUUGUGAAGCAAAUUCUCCUUGUCAGCCUCUGUGGAAAUCUAUGGAGAACAGUAUGGAAAAUAUACAUGCUGAUGUUAGGGUGCAAAGAGUCAACCUUUUAUACCAUAUCAGUACUUGGUAUUCACAUCCUCUACACAGUUCUCUCUCCGUUUUGUUUGGUAAUGGAACAGAGAAUUUUCCAACAACCAGGGCUUUUUAAAUUGGUGAUCAUUUCCAUUUUUUUCCAUGACCUUUUUAUUUGAAUCAUAGGUUAUAUUGAGAGGAUAAAUCAGAGAUCAUUCAAUGAUAGGGGGGUAAGGGUUAACACUUAGUAAGGAAAUUUAUGAAAUAUGAUAGAAUUCUUGCGCAUUUCAUCUGAGCACACUUACUAGAGUUUCAAGUUUAUUUUCCUUUUUCUACUCUAGUAUUUUGACUUUCUUUUUUUGUUAUCUAAUCCUGGUGGGAAUUUACCUGGCUUGUGAUAGUUUUGUCAUGUGACUUUGCUUAUGGUCUUCAUAAAUAUUCCAUAGAUCUUCUGCUAUGCUCUCACUGCUGACGACAGCACCAGCUUUAGAAGAAAGAUUGAGGGAGAUGCAGAGCAUUUUGUUGAUCUGUCAUCCAUUGCUUGUCAUGGGGAAGCUGCUGAUCGCAUUAAUUCGGAUGGCAUUCAUGUCCUUGUCAACAUGAAUGGCUACACCAAAGGAGCCAGAAAUGAAAUCUUUGCACUUCGUCCUGCACCAGUACAGGUAAUUGUGUAAACUGUGGUGGUGGUGAUUUAUGUGCUGAAAAAGUAGUUCAAUUCUGAUUAUUUAUCAAGCUGUGGUUAAUUUCUGAAAUGGGCACAAUUGGUACCUUGUGAUGUUUACAAAAAAUUAAAGAUUGACUGGUUUAAAUGGUCUGAGCUUGUGCAAGGAAAAUUGAUAUACUUUGUACUCUAAAACUCACUUUUUUUAACAUGGCACAUUUUUUUUAAAAUUAAAACAAUAUUGUGCUUCUUAAAGGUCUUCGACCUUUCACUUCUCAAAAGAGAUUAAUGUUGAACUUCUCAGCACAAUUUGGACAUAUAUAUAUAACCCUUUCCACCCUAACAUCAGUGUGCAUAAUCUCCAAACCAACUAUACAUUUCCUGAGGCUGACAAGGAGAAUUUGUUUAACAAUUUUCUUAAGUUGAUAAUAUUUUCCUUAAUCCUCAUGACUUUUGUUUGAAUCAGAAGAGAUACUGUUAGGAGAAGCUAGAUCUCAGUCACUCUCAGAGCUAGAGGAUUCAAGCGAUAAGGAAGGACAAACACAUUGUGACGGUUUUAUCUAGAUAUAUCAACAAAUUCUCCUAACGAAUGCUUAAGGAAGUGUAGAUGAGUAAAUAAUUUUUUGGGAGUUAAAGAUUGUUGAAUGUUAUGUUUAUGAUUGUUAAAGGUUGUGUUUAUGGCAAGACUGAAGUGUAGAAAUUGUGCACUUUUUUUCCAUCAUCUCUGCAGGUAAUGUGGCUGGGUUACCCUGGAACGAGUGGCGCUCCUUAUAUGGAUUAUAUCAUCACUGAUAAAGUCACCUCACCCCUCGAAUUGGCUGAUCAGUAUUCGGAGAGGCUAGCCUACAUGCCUCAUACAUUCUUUGUUGGUGACCACAAGCAGAUGUUUCCGCACCUUAUACAGUACCUGAGAGCGUCUAGUAACCAAAUGAUUGCUGAAGUAACGAAGAAUGGCUUAGUACCAUCUCAUGCUGCGGCGGUGCUUCUCGACGAUGAGAAAAACGACCCAAACUUGGCACCAAAGGUUGGUGCAUUGAUCGAAGAAAAGAAGAGAGAAUACUCUGGAUGCAAGGACAGCGGUGAGAGGAUCCCUUCGACUGUACCUAUCAUUACGCGCUCGCAUUAUGGCCUACCUGAGGAAGCCAUUGUCUAUUGUAAUUUCAACCAGUUGUACAAGAUCGACCCGCCGACUCUACGAAGCUGGGUGAACAUCCUGAAAGAAGUGCCCAACUCUGUGCUGUGGUUGCUCAGAUUUCCUGCAGUAGGAGAACCCAACCUAAAAGCACAGGCCAUGGCGAUGGGGCUUUCCCAAGAGCGCGUAAUCUUCUCCCCAGUGGCGCCUAAAGAAGAACAUGUUCGUCGUGGUCAGCUGGCUGACGUUUGCCUGGAUACUCCUCUGUGCAAUGGUCACACGACUGGCAUGGAUGUCUUGUGGGCUGGAUGUCCCAUGGUGACGCUUCCUCUCGAAACAUUGGCAUCCCGAGUAGCUUCAUCCCAGCUUACAGCACUUGGCUGUCCAGAGCUGAUAGCAAAUAGUCGAGUAGAUUACGAAAAUAUUGCCAUCCGACUUGGAAACGACGCUAACUAGUAAGUGUUGUGUUUUUUAGAACUGUAGUGCGCCUUAUCUUUGGGCUGUAAAUGACGAGUGGGGUGUAGUGUGUUUUUGUUUGUUUUUCGUUUUUUUGCGCAAGACUACCUUAGUGUCCUAAUCCGACGCGCUUAGUUAAAAGUUCCUUUAAACAUGGUGAUCACUUAUCCUCUGUCAAUCAUUUCAAGAGAAAUGUUUGGAUCAAAAUUUUGACUUUGGCAAAGUCUUCAUACAUAGGGUGUUCAACGGGUGGGAAUUUUAGUCAUCCUCGCAGGGUAGGUUCUGGUAAGGUAUAAUAACUUAGUUGUUUAUGAUAGCACUGUUAAUAAAAACUUUACUUUUCUUGUUUCUUUAGCUUGAAGAAAGUAAAGGAUAAAGUAUGGAACGCCCGCCUUCGUAGUCCACUUUUCAAUACGAGGCAAUACGCGCGCGACCUAGAAGGUCUACUGAUCAAGAUUUGGAGAAGACACGAAAGUGGGCUUGAGGCUGAUCAUAUCGCGAUAUGAAUUGUAGGAGUUGCUUACUUUGCUCGGUUUCUUGAAGACGUACAACCUCCGCCGUCAGUCAACAGUCGUAAACUCAACGACGCCACAUUACACGGGAAUGUCAACAGGACGAACAUUUUAGAAUGAGUUAUUUGGAUUGCCUGAUCGUCAGGAAAGAUUGAGUUAGUUUUUUUUACGAGCAAUUGUGUCGCCUAUAAAACUUGCUGCCAACGACUGUUUGGUUUUUGUUUUGGUUUGGUUUAUUUCGCUUGGCCAGCAAGAAGAAUAUGUAGAUUAAGAUUUUCUAUAAGUUAAGGUAAAGAAGUUAUAAAGCGUUUGAAGAAAUAUGUAUAUACUUAAAAUUUUCGUGAUGGUGUGCCCUUGCAUCGUCAGCAACGCUUUCAGUUUUAGAUUUAGUAUGAACAUUUUACGUGGUAAACAUCUUUGCUGAACUGUAACGAGGCGUUAUGGUGCAGUAUUUGCUGCGAAUUAUAGAGAAAGUUAGAACAACCUAAGUAAUAAAUGGUUCACUGAAAUACAUCUAGUUCCAUCUUGUUUUCCUUCGCGGCUCCUGAGGGCGCUUGUGAGAUGCAGAGGCUUACUAGUUGGCUUUUAAAGUAUAUUAAAGUUCAC